CCCCUGAAACAGACGUCGACCAUCGCGUCUUCGACGUCUCCGCUUAUUUCUUCCCCCAUUCGAUUUCUUUCUUCUUUCUUGUGAUCAGGGAAAAGGGAGGAACAAAGGGAGAGUUUGGCGUUUGGAAAGGAAGAGACCAAUUGGAGAUCCAACAUACAUUCGAGGAAGCCCUCGCCAGUUGAUCGCGUCCUCGUGAAUAUGAAAGGUCAAGGCAGCUAUGUUCCACCUCCGUAUAUUCCACUAGAUCAGUUGGAUACUGAAGCCAACAGUACCCCUGUGAAUAAUGGUUUCUCUUCUCACCAAUCUGCAACGCGUGAUCUGACGCAAUGGUCUUCUGGAAUUUGUGCUUGCUUUGAUGAUAUGCAGAGCUGUUGUGUUGGUGCUGUAUGCCCAUGCUUCCUGUUUGGGAAAAAUGCAGAAUUCUUGGGAUCUGGAACACUAGCCGGGUCAUGCAUGACCCAUUUUAUAUUGUGGGGACUUGUCAAUAGUCUUUGCUGUCUGUUCACUGGAGGUCUACUUGCGGCAGUGCCUGGAUCAAUGGUUGCUUGUUAUGCAUGUGGAUACCGCAAGACACUACGGGCAAAGUAUAACCUGCAGGACAGUUACACCUGCUCUGAGGUGAGAAACAAUUUCUGGUGUGCCAGGUGCUUUGCAGGUCAUGGCACAGAGGUCAUGCUCAAUCACAUGGUAGUGCAUAUUGGAGAAGAACUAAGAUUGGAAGCACCAUGUGGUGACUUGACGACUCACUUGUUCUGCCACUUGUGUGCCAUUUGUCAAGAGUACCGAGAAAUCCGUGAGAGAUCCAGUGGUUCAGAUCCUUCCAUGAUGUCCUCUGCGGUUGCUGCUCCUGCAGUCCAGACUAUGGAGUUAGCUCCACAUGAAUGAUGAAGUUGAAGAUAGUACGUGGGCCCACAUUGAUCGCCAGCAACACUGCUCUCUGCACCUCCUUGACGAUAUGGCUUGUAGCUUUGAAAGAGCAGCUGAAAACGUCUGAGUUCAAGCAUGAGUUUUGUAGUUUCAUGACUUUUAAAGCAGGAGUUCGAUAGGAGUGCCUAUAUUUUGUAAUCUUGGUGGCGAGUUUUAAAGCAGGAGUUUAAUAGGAGUGCAAUUUUCAAAUAUUCGUUUCUGCUUGUUUGAUUGUAAUUCGAUUUUCAUGUAAUACUUUGCAGACAUCAAGCAAAAUAUUUCUGCGA